AACAAGAAUAGUAAGAUAGAAGUGAAAAAAUUUACUGCUAUAUUAUUACGACAAAAAACAUGGAAUUUCGCGUUAACUGUUUGCAAAUCUUGUCGAAACUACACUAGUGAGAUUUCAUCAUGAAUAUAAAAUUCGAUACCAGUGAAUUCACGCGUCGUUUGAAGCGCACUUUCGACGGAAACAUAUCUUAUCGGAAAUUGUUCCUGUUGUUAUUUAUUGUAGCUAUUUUUCUCCUCUACAUCGGACCUUCCUUCCUGAGAUGGCUCUUCGGGCGUAGUGAACCGGUCAAAGAUAACACAAUUCGUUGUAUGGAUGACCGGUUAACGCCCUUCUAUUUACAAAACUUGGAGUAUAAUGUCAACAUACGACAUCAACCAGUGUUUUCUUAUGAGCACAACGCAAUUCCGUACGUUGGAAAUGGAUUUUUCGGCUUAGAAAUCCAAGCGGAUGCACAUCUAAACAUAUUCAAAGGCCGAGCUUUGCUACAGCCUGUAAAUUAUCAUCCUAUUGUAAGCGUUGCCGCAGGCGGCUCUGAAAUGCACCGGGAGGCCACUGUUGUGGAAUACACAAGUGGAAUUGUGCAUCGAUUUCAGUGUUUUCCAGAGGGUCAUUUCGCCUCUUAUCAAUACUAUGCUCACCGGACUAUUCCCUCGGUAUUGGUACAGGAAGUGCAGAUUACCAAUACCAGAAACCAGCUGGUGGAUGUUGAACUGGUGGUGCCGAGAAUUUCCGAUUGGCCAACUGCUAUUACUAAAAAUAUUAAGCUUCAGCAUGGUUCAUCAAUUUUGGAUUAUCAAGUUAUAACUGGAUUAGUUGAUAUGACCGCUACUUCUGAAGAUAAACGUGUCCGAAUAGUGUCGAUCGUUGCACGAAAACUGUCUCGUGUAGUUACAUUGAAAAAACGAGGAACCACAAAGCUUGAACUGCUCUUGGCUAUAAAUUAUUCAGAGCCUAUUCAAAGAGAGAAAUAUUCAACGCAGAAAGAAUUAACUGAGCAAUAUGCAAUCGAUGCAAUGAACAAAGCAUUACUGGCGGCUGAACAUGGAGAACAUAAUGCUUAUUACGCACUUAAAAAAGAUCACGUAAAAGUCUGGAAUAGUUUAUGGGAAACAAGUUUCCAUAUUAGUACAUCAAAGGCGGAGAACACUUUGAACGGAAAUGAUAUCAACGCAACUAUGUAUGCGGUCAUUUCUCACAGUAGAGCUUACGAGUUUGAGAACUUGAGCAGUUCUCAAAGAAAGAUGGAUAUUGCUAAGGCGUUAACAUAUGCUGAAGGCUGCUAUGAUAGCUAUCAUACAUUGCAGGCGGAAAACCUGUGGAAAAAAAUGAGCAGCCUGGAGGAGAUGAACAACGUGGUUGCCUCUUGGAUGUUGACGCUGGAAAAGCAAGGUUGUCAUAAUCUCCUCAAAGCCGGAGCUAGCGGAGUUAUUCAAGCAAUGGUACUCAGCUUUGGUGGUUUUCGUUUCAGUAAUCAACACUUAGAGCUGAAUAUACAUCCAAAAUUUCUGCACCGAGAUUACGAUUUCCGUCGACUUAACUACGGAAACAUGACUCACGUGAAUGUUUCGAUUGCUGUGCAAGACGACAAUAAAGCUGUUCUUUUUGUAGCGCUGGACCGUUCAGACCGAAGUUAUUACGCCUGCGACGCCGGCUGUUUGGACAUGCCCAUUCAAUUGGGUCCUACUCGUACUUUAUUUCCAGUGAAGUUAACUGAACCACUUACUUCGAUUCUGUACAUCACCUCCGAUAAAGCGCAUAUGGAAGACUUGCGACACGCAAUCCAUGUGAAAGAAGUUGUGGAAGCUCCAGCCCAUGAACAUCACGUGAUUGCUUUGCAUAAACAUGGCCACUCAUUGGGUGGGCUCCCAACCUUGUUCUGGGUUUCAAUUUGCGUUAUAAUCAUUGUAUUUCAUGUAUUCCUCUGCAAGCUGAUAGUGAAGGAAUACUGUGAACCUCCGGAUAAAAUGAGAUAUCGAUACAGUAAGCCGUAAAAUGGAGAAGCCGUUGGGGUCUUAUUUUGUUAGUUUAAUAUGUACAAGUUUGAAAUAAAUGUGACGAUUAGACCCGAAUGAAA